AUGGUUGACGUGCCGAGAAAUUUUCGUCUUUUGGAAGAGCUGGAAGACGGCCAGAAAGGAAAGGGUGAUGGAAAUAUCUCAUGGGGUUUGGAAGAUGACACCGAUAUGACUCUCACUAGGUGGACGGGUACCAUUAUAGGGCCACCAAGGACACCAUAUGAGUCUCGUAUUUACAAUUUGCAUGUGGAAUGUGGACCCAAUUAUCCAAAAGAAGCUCCAAGUGUCCGUUUCACCACAAAGAUUCAUAUGAAUGGAGUAAACCAGACAACUGGAGUGAUCGACAAGAAAAAUCUUAGUACUCUACGCUCAUGGAAUGGGAGCUUUAUGAUCAAGUCUGUCUUGGAGGAUAUCCGAAGGAACAUGAUGUGUGCGAAGGAGAAUAUGAAAGCUGGAGCAAUGCGCUUAUACAUUAAAGUUGAAAAUUAUAAGGUCAAUGGUGAAAUGAGCGUAGCAGUACCCACUGAGCUGCACAGCAGCAGAAGGGAGUCGGAUGAACGCACAAAACUUGAGCUACUGGUGCUUAUUGAGCGCUAUUUGUCUUCGAGCCCCUGCAAAAAAGCAGCUGCUGUUCUCCGGCGUGAAAUAGAAGAAAAUAGACUUUUGCCGUUUCGCUAUGACUAUCGUGGAAAUACUCAUCCAAGGACCUACAGGGAAAUUGUUUCCGAACUUGCCCCCUCUGCUCCAUCACUGUUGCACUUGAUCGAACGCCUUUCUAUAUUAGCCGACUCAGCAGUGCCACCAUCUGUUAGUGGUCUUCCUAUUCGCCUGAUCAAUAACAAACGAAACUGCCUUUUAAGAACUCCAGAAUCUGCCGCAAAAAAAGAUUUUUCGUCACGAAUGCUAGCUUGCCAACCCGUGCCAAAUUACAUUAUUAAUUCUGUAAGACUUUCAACAUGUCGUGAAUUUGGAACACGCAUAAGCAGAGCUCGUCUUCCUGGUAUCGGAUCUUUAGAUCAGAUGGAUCGGCACUAUCGUGUUUUAGGACAUCUUUCGAUGGUGUAUUGUGUGACCUUUGAUCGCACGGGCAAUUAUGUAUUGACGGGCGCAGACGACAACCUCAUUAAAGUUUGGGAUGUACAUCAAGGUCUUUUACGCUUUACUUAUCGUGGACAUUCUGCUGAAGUUGCUGAUGUUAGUGUCUCGUAUUGUAAUCAAAUGAUCGCAUCCGGAAGUGUAGACAAGUCAAUAAGAGUAUGGUCUUUGGCAACAGGUGAAACUUUACAAGUUUUCCAUCUUCAUACCGCCGUUGUUGCACGAGUGAAGUUUUUGCCAUUUGUGGAUCAACGCAAAAGAUAUCUUGUCUCUUGCGCGCUUGAUUGCAAAGUUGUAUUCUACCCUUUCGAUGAAAACACGAAGGAUUUUGAUCCCAAUGGUGUCGUUGUAUUCGAUGAACGAGAAGUGUUUGGUGCGAGAAUAAUUUCGCUAUGCCAUAGCCCUAGUGGGCAGUGGGUUGUCGUUGGUGAUACUCAUUGUUACCUACGGCUGUUUCGAGUGUCACGUGGACCGGAUGGAGGUGUCUCGAAGUUCACAGAUAUAUGUGCACACAAUUUUUGGGAUCUUCUUGUUGGAGAAAAAGUGAAGAAGUUCACAAAUGCUGUUGAGCACCGAGGACACUCUGCCCUUUUCGACCUCGAUAUAUCCCGCGAUGGAUGCACUGUUGCUGCCGUCGGAUUCCCUAGGGACAUCUCACUAUUUAUAGUGUUGCCUCUAAAUCAACACGACCCACCGCUGCUGAUGGAUGAUACUGGCUGGGUAAUAGAUGAAGCGACAGGUAUCGCUCCACAUCUUCUUCCACCUCCUCUUCUCACUGAUCAAGAUCUUGUUCCACUAGCUGAUGAAUGGCAAGAUACAGUUCCUGGGAGGGAUCUGCUCCGAAAGAAUCAAAGUGGAGGAUCAGAGCCGCUUCUGACUGCAUGGCUUUCUCGCUUGGUUGUGCCGCCUUUAUCGGUCAGUGAGAGGAAUAUGUGGUACGAGGAGAUGAGUACUAUUGCUGAUCUGGAAAGUGAAGAAUUCGAGAUGGAGUUGGUGAAAGAACCUGCACCGGAGCUCGAACCGAUAGACGCCAUAAUCCCAUUGACGAGCGGUCAGAGGAAAGCAGCAGCAAGGUAUCGUGGAACUGCACCGAUUCCUGCACAAAUGGCAGGUCGAGGAGGAAGUGCCAAUCGCAGAAGGCGCCCUCCAACUCUAGAAGAAGCUAUAGCUGCUCAAGAUGCUAGAAGAGCAGCUGCUGAAAUGGAAAAUUAUCAAAGUGAUAUGGAUGAUAGCUAUAGGUAUAUUAUUUCUAUUGUGCGUACUGAUCCUUAUCUAGCAUUCACCUUUAUUUCAAGCAACUCGGAAAGCUCUUCCAAUGACGGAAGUUCAGACUCAGAUACAAGCGACACGGAUUAUGCAGUCCGGGGAAGAAAUCGCAAUCAGGAUCGGGACGAAGAAAAGGAGGAGGAAGACGAGGAAGAAGAGGAAGUGUCGCCUCCCGAAGUCACUACGUCUUCCGGUCGUCGUGUACAAAGACCUCAACGAAAAGAUGGUGCAAAGGGUGAAAACGCACGAACCAGAGAGCCUCGAAGACGCGAAACAGAAGACUCCUCCGCUACAGAGGUGCUCUCUCCCGAGUUAGAAGAAGAUGAAACGGAUGCCACUGACCUUCCAUCAGCGUCUGGUGUUGCACUCCCAGUGAAAAAGACAAACCGUCAGCGACAAAAGAAAGACAGUUUUCUUGACUCUUUUCCGGACUGGAUGCGAGUGACUGAACCUCGUCGGUUUCCAUUCAUCGCCCAACUUGGUGAUCACGUCGUCUAUUUUCGACAAGGUCACGAGAUGUAUCUUGAAAGGGUCGAGGCCAUAAACUUGUAUCCGAUCAGCUCGAAGAUGAGGCCAAAGCCGUCUCUCGGUGCAGAGGAGUUCUGUAUCGUGGAUGAGGUGAGGUAUGUGCGGAAGCCCUACCGGCUGACAGUAGUGCGCCUUUCACAAACGGAUCGCGACGGUCAACGCACUGGUGUCUCAUGGAGUGUAAAAUUUCAUGAUCUUGCCAACGUACCAGACUUUAUUAUCCUGAAGCAACAUUACGAUCUGUCAGUUGCGCAAAAUGUGCAAGAAGGUGAUCGGAUUGAAGCAAUACUCGAUGGACAAUGGUGGACUGGAACGGUUGAUCGCAAGGAGCCGAGAUCCGAAGAGUUUCCAAGCUCUUUAUGGUUUUGUCUCCGCAUCAUCUGGGAUUCCGGUGAAGAAGAUCUAAUGAGCCCAUGGGAUUGCCAACCCAGAUCAGGAUCAAGAAAGUCAGGAGAUGAAGCUACUGAGGCAGAUCAUCUGGCGUACGCCUUUUAUGAACCUGAUAAUGAUUGGCCUGAGUCGGAGUUUCGUGGAGCUGUAGAAGCGAAAGAGUUAUGCUGUGCUCGGAUGGCUGAUGCGAUCGUAAAAUUGAGUGUUCGUGAUACUGUGGAACCGUUCGCCUAUCCUGUCAGUCUCGAGGCAUUUCCACACUAUGCAGCCAACAUUGAUUAUCCCAUAGAUCUGGAUACAAUUGCGAAUCGAAUUCGAAGUGGCUUUUAUAGGCGACUCAAGUCCCUUCAUCAGGACAUUCGUGGUAUCGCAGUUGCUGCAGAACAGUUCAACGAACCGUCGAGUGCCAUCGUACGGAAUUCGCGUAUUGUUGUUGAAGCGCUGAUUCGAUUUUCACGAGAUCCACUUCUGGAUGAUGUGGUGAAUUUAUACGACAGCCUUUUUGAUCUGCCUCCAGAUCAGAUUGUGGAGUACUGUAAGAGGCAAUUAACAAAAUUGGCGUGGGAUGGUGAACUGCUCAAACACCUAGCUGAAGCGAAUCCCAUAGAGACACCCUCUGAACCAGGCUGGAAGACAGACUGUCGGGCAAUAAUGCAAUCAGUGAUGGCAGAUCCGUGUGCAACACAUUUCUUGAAGGCAGAUGCCGCCACAAACGAGGAUCUGGCAGCAGCAUUACAUCAAACAUGUGACCUUACAUCCUUGCUGGAAUCACUUGAGCGCGGUGACAUCGAUCAACCAGCUACAUUGCUUCACGACGUUGAGAAAAUGGUUCAUGCCUGCAAGACUAACAUCGACGACAAACGUUCACCGAUAUAUCGCGACAGCCUUGCAUUGGGUAGUCUUUUCGCUGAACGGAUGCGUGGUGUCUUGAGUCAGUUCGAGCGGAUUUGGAAGAGUUUGAUUGAUCCGGGUGGAAGAAGUCUCCGUAGAAGAAGCCGCAAAGAACGAUUCCAGUCAAAAUAUAAUACUAGAAGCCACGACCGGAACCCAACCUCCGAUUUUGAUCCACAGCAGCCGUCGACCUCUCACUCAGGUCGCGUAGUAGGAAAUUCUCCCGGUUUCUAUCGGGAUCUUGCCAGUGGACGCCUAACAAUAAAUGAACAAACGAGCCGACGGAACGCUCAUCGACGGAGCCCUAUUCUGGUGAACCCAGCUUCUUCGCCUCUAGCACCAACGCAGUCAUCUCGUCCUAGGAGAAAUGUAGUCAAUUCAACAACCAUUGUACACGCUCAAGAUACGUCUGGAAUCAGUGAUGAUAGCGCACCAUCAACAUCGAGUCGAGAAGCAUUCACAAAUAGAAGGGUGGCGACUCGCAGAAGACAAUUGUUGUCUAGUGAUUCCGCUAGUCCACCAGCCGCAAAUCAUACGUUGCUGUCCGCGCGAUCUUCUAUAGCCCAUAGUGAUGAGGAGCCUGCAGAAGAGCUUGAAGAGCAAGUGGAUAAUGAGGACGAAGACGAUAGCCCACAGGACUGCGACUUCUCUGAGUAUGAAGAAGAAGAGGAGCCACAACCUAGACCAAGAGUGAGGCCAAAAAGAAAAGCUCGUCAUCCAAGUGAAGGUGAAUCCGAAGCUGCUUCGAUUUCUCCAUCGGAACGUCGAACAAAUGGUCACUACUCCACUAGAACCAGCAAUUCCAACAAACGCCGCCGAAUUGAGAGUCAUCGCGAUGAUGAGGUUUCGCGCUCACGCAGAGGCCGUAACACUCGUCGAAGUGUGGCUACUGUAAGUUAUGUAGAAAGCGACGAGGAUUCAGCUCCAGAUGUACCGAAUAUCAGCUCUCGUGGGGUAGAGCACUUUACGUCGACGAUUUCAUCAGGUGAGUUGCUUCAAUCAGACCACGUUUCUAUGUCUUCGAACCUGGCUUAUAGUCCGUGCCAGAAUGAAGUGUCAGUCGUUAAAACGGACUUUUCUGACUCCAAAUCUACACGAACGGAUUCUGGCCAUGGUAAUCCCACUACUUUUUUGGCUGGGAGUACAGCAUUGCAGCAUGGAGAGCCAUCUACAAGCAUGGAUUCACCACUGUCAUGGGUUCGACGUGAUACCAAUGAUUCGCUCAAAGUUCGAUUCGUUUGUAUGUGGGGUCAGUGUCAAUACGUGAUGGACAGUAAGGAUGAAUUAGCGGCACAUUUUGACGUCCAUUUGAAUCAGUAUGCAAGUAGUCGACAGCAGUCUUAUAAUAGUCCAUGGCCUUGCCCGAUUGGUACUUGUCUACACGUAGCUGAUGCAGCGGUAGAUUUAAAGCGUCAUCUCGCAAUGCAUCAGUUUCAUGCUCACGCUCAAUUCGUCGGAUUAAUAAUUAUCGGAACCAAGUCAGAUUUCAAGGGCAUGGCAAGUUGUGGCUUCUCACCAACGUUAGAUAUAGCGUACUCAGGCGACAUCACUUACUGCCUAUGGGAUAAUUGUAAUGACAAUUUCUCAGAUCCUCUGCAUCUCUUCAGUCACGUCAUGAUACACAUUGACUUCCUGAGCAGUGACGAUCGUGUUUGUGAUGAUGAAUCGAUGGCACUCCCACAACACAGAUGUCUUUGGGAGAACUGCUACCGGCAGUUCGAAAAUAAGGGAGAUUUGAGGAAACACGUUCGACACCACAGUGGAGAGAAGUAUUGUGCAUGUCCGUUUUGCGGUCGAUUCUUCUCGCGUCCUGAUAAACUUUAUGAACAUCUUCGCAAACGGGCACCAAUACCUGCGGGUAGUGAAAAUCAGCACCUUUGUCUCCUCUGUCAGCGUCGUUUCGGUGAUGAACGCUCAUUGGUGAAUCACGUACGGCGCCACAUCAAUGGCCGUCAAUGUCCUACAUGUGGAUUGGCUGUUCAGCUUCCUUCUGAUUUGCACAGGCAUAUAUUGGUGAAGCACACUGAAAGAAUAAAGACUCUGACUUGUCCGGAAUGCGAGAAGAGCUUCUAUUGCCCAACAGAUCUGAUCAGGCAUAGUGCUGUUCACGCUCCACCAAAAGAAUUAUGUACGGUUUGUGGUGAACGUUUUCGAUGGAAAAAGCAAUUGGAUAGGCAUAUGACAACUCAUUCAGUGACUGCAUUGAAGCAGCCGUAUCUUUGUCAUAUAUGUGACUCUACUUACGCUACUGGGCAUGGACUCACUCGUCAUCUCUCGCGAAAGCAUGAAUGUCCCAUUCCUGAAGGAUUCAGCCGGUUCUCAUACAAAAAAUGUGCAGACGGCUGUUAUCGGCUGCAGACUCGUAAACUGGUAAUGUGGACGUCGCGAAUAGCAUCGAUAGCGGCUCGCUUACCGAAGUCUCUGGGUCGACGUUAUUUGCUUUCAGAAGCGUUUUCUUUGGAGAAAGAAUGGGCUUCUCGACAUGCUGAAAUGACCAAAUUAGGAUUGGGUGGUGAUUAUGAAUGGAUAAGUGCUGUACAGAAGAAAUUCAUCGGAGGCGGUUUAGCAAGCGCCAUUGACGUCGAUGCGGCUGUAUGCGUUGCUGAACACAAAGAUCAGCAAUCAACAAUUAAUGAUGAAACACAUAAACUCAUUUUCAAUGUGCGAUCGAAACGUAACUUCUCGGAACAUCCGAACAAGGAGAGCAAAAAA